AUGCGAGGGAGAUACGAAAAACUUUCACUGUGCUUUGAUGUUUCCGAUGGGACUGAUGAAAUACCACGUUUUGAGGAUGUUUGCAUGCCCUACGUCUUCCACCCAUGUGGUCAUCAUCGAAAUGAAAAAUACUACGGCAAAUGUCCUAACCACCUGUUCCGAACUCCAUCGUGUAAGCGCGUCUGUCAAUCCGGAUACAAUAAGUCUUAUGAGAAGGAUAAGAUUUACGGUAUGUUAAUUUUUAAGCGCCAGCAGGUGCAGAUUAUUGCCUCCAAUUACAUUUUUCAGGAAAAUCAGCAUACAUGGUCCCGAAUGACGAGACACUUAUCCAAAAGGAAAUUAUGGAAAACGGACCAGUACAAGCUGCAUUUACCGUUUUUGAAGAUUUUUCUCAUUAUCAGUCCGGAAUAUAUGUGGUAUGGAAGAAUUUCUUCUCUCUAUCUAGUUCUCGUCACCGUAGUUGGAAAUUCAGAAAUCAAUGGCGCAUGUUAUUGUUUGAAGGUUUCUUUUCACACAUUCCAGCAUACUGCCGGGAAACAGGAAGGCGGACAUGCCGUUAAGUUGAUCGGAUGGGGAGUUGAAGGAGGAAUCAAAUACUGGCUUGUUGCCAACUCAUGGAACACCGACUGGGGAGAGAACGGUAUGCCGUAG